GGGCCGCCGGCAGCGCUGCUCUGGGCAGCCGCAGCGCGGGCGGGGCGGUGGCCUCUUUCCUCCUUCCUGCUUCCUACUUCCGCUCGGUAGCGCGGCGCGCCGCGGGGCAGCGGGACCUCGGUGCUGCCCGUCCGUCGCUUGCCGCGAACGCGGCUCUGCUCUCCCGCUGGUGCAGUGUUUCCCCCAUAAAAAAGCGGCUGAGAUGUUUGACGUGAAGGCCUGGGCUGUGUACAUUGUGGAAUGGGCUGCCAAGGACCCCUAUGGCUUCCUCACUACAGUGAUCCUGGUCCUCACGCCCCUGUUCAUCAUCAGCGCAGCCUUGUCAUGGAAGCUUGCAAAAAUGAUUGAGACCCGAGAGCGAGAGCAGAAGAAGAAACGGAAACGCCAAGAGAACAUUGUAAAAGCCAAACGAGCAAAGAAGGAUUAAGUGGGCAAGAAAGGCCUUCCUUGGGCAGAGAAUUCACUUUAUUAAUGAAGCACUGCUGUACAUUUUGUGUUGUAACCAUCCUUUGAUACUUGAUGGUGUUAUUUCUUGAAUGAUGAAAUCUAACUCCUUGAGAAUAUUUUUUUCUGCUGAAAUCAUCUGUGUUAGAAGUUGCCCCAAUGACACAGUCACUUCAUCUCCUGCUUAUGUUUCUGUGCAGACUGCUUCUCUAAAUUUGCAUGUUAUAUUUAAAAAUGAAAUAGUUGGAGAGUA